UCCGCUUCCGCCUUCGUGUUGGAGGUGGGACGGAGGCCGCGGCGGGUCAGUCGGGGGUCGGAGCUCUCCGCUGGCAGCAUGGAGGCGCUGUACCGGGUGCCGUUCGCGGUGCUCGAGUGCCCCAACGUCAAGCUGAAGCGGCCGAGCUGGGUGCAUAUGCCCUCGGCCAUGACCGUGUAUGCCCUGGUAGUGGUAUCCUACUUCCUCAUCACCGGAGGAAUAAUCUACGAUGUAAUUGUAGAACCUCCGAGUGUUGGAUCUAUGACAGAUGAACAUGGGCAUCAGAGACCAGUGGCCUUCUUGGCAUAUAGAGUAAAUGGACAGUACAUUAUGGAAGGGCUUGCAUCCAGCUUUCUCUUCACAAUGGGUGGUUUAGGAUUCAUAAUUCUGGACCGAUCCAAUGCACCAAAUAUCCCCAAACUCAAUAGAUUUCUGUUGCUUUUUAUUGGAUUUGUCAGUGUGCUACUGAGCUUCUUCAUGGCCAGAGUAUUCAUGCGGAUGAAACUGCCGGGCUACUUGAUGGGUUAGAGCCUUGUGAUUUAUAUAGAAGCACAAGCUGGAUUUGCUCCUCUUCCUGAUGAGUUAAAAACAAUCAAGCAACAAAUUCCACAGUCCCCUCCUCAACCAGGAAAAAGUUCCACCUAAGAGAGCCAUCUCCAAAAAGAAUGCUUUCAAGUGUCUCCUUUUACAAAUCUUCACCUCCUAUUGCUAGUUUAGUUUGUUUUUUUAAACAGCAUUUUAUUAUCUGCCUUUUAUAAAUGGAAACGUUUCCUCUAGCUCUAGGUAUGAAUUUUUGUUUCUUGCAACACUUCAAUAUAAACAGAAAACUGGCAUUUUCCCCCCUUGCCUGUAAUAACCCUUAAACGUGACUGCAGUAUUUAGCUACAGUUUUACAAUUUGUUGUAAGAUUUGCAGCACUAUGGUCUGUCCUUUCUUGGUGGGAGGAUUCUGUGUAAAUCAGGGAAACUAGAAUCUGCCCCAUUUCAAGUUUUUACUAGAACGAUAUCUUUUGAUACUUCGCUAUCAGAACAGUGUGCCUAGUGGAAACUGUUUCUGAGGCACCUAUUGCCUUGAUAUUCAUGGCACUACCCUAAUUCCAGAUGUUCACUGGAAAGGAGGCAACAUUGUGUAACUGCAUCUUUGGAAAAAUGUAUGAAAAGAGCCAGAUUAAACAUUUUUUUUUUUCUACCAAACUACUUGCUUCCUGCAGUGUUUUAAAGAUUUUCUUAGAUUUUACACAGGAUUUAGUCCAGGUCUUAACUCCCCCAGUCUAGAAAUUAAGUAAUGAAUUGCUGUAUAAUCUUUGUUCCCUGUUUGUUUCUAUUAGUGUGGGGACCAAAUUUGUAGUCUCACAAGAAGGUGCAGUUCUUUACAAAUGCUGUAUCUAAAAACUAAGUUUUUUACCAAUAAUGAAUUGAACUCUUACAUCUACUUUGCAGCUUCCUUGCAGGUCAUGUGCAUGCCAUGCAAGCUCCCCGGCACAUACCUCAUGGGCACCUGACGUGUCAUGUGAGCCCCUACUGGGUGAACUUGCUGCACCAUGGACUCAUCCUAUGUGGAUGACCCUACCCCAACUCACCCCACUGCUACAUGCCACUGUCACUGUCCCACUGCACUGCCCCAGUGGGGUCCUGGAUCCCUCAGCCCCACAGGCAGCAUCACUGCCCUGCCCCCAUGGGUGGAGAUGGGCAGUAGGUGAUAGAGGAAGGAGGGGCAGCCCAGGAAUUCUGGUGGCGGCAGCAGCAACAAAAAGUAAAGUGGGGAGCAGUGCCUGGACCAGGAACUUGGGGGCCUCGCUUCAACCGCAGGGAGUCCACAUGUGGACAGCCGUAGUGUAAAUAAUUUGUCCAUAGUAAUGUGAUUUUAGUUUUUAAACCUUCUCCCCCCACCUCCCACAUACACCCAAUUAUAUCUUCUUCUUAAAUUCAGAAUUACUGGGUUCCUGUAUGUUUUUUCACAGGCUAGAUAUUCUAGUUGUUCCUAUCUUGAUGUGAAAUACUUUCUCAGAGGUUCUAUCUUUGGGUAUAGACACUGGUACAUCUGGAGCCAUUUCAAAAGGAGGAAUAGCUCUUAUGUUCUAGUUGUUAUAACUUUUGAAAUGAUUACAAAUAUACAUAUGCCCACAAUCUUAUAUGGAUUUAACAAAAUCUGUGUUAAAUGGAUUAAAAACUGACCUAUGGACAUCUGAAAA